AUGUUUGGUGCUCUCAAUCGAUUUAUUGGCCGGCUUGACGGCGAGCCUGCUCAGCAACCUCGGAAUGGACCCAGUGACAACGCCUUCGGAUUUCAGGUUCUCCGCAAUAAAGACUCUGCGCUACCUCUAGAGCCUUGGUUUGAUUUUAUUGUGGGCAUUAAUGGUCAUCCUAUUGAGGACCCUGAUCCAAACCUCUUUGCGACGGAAGUCCGCAAUUGCGCAGGAUCAAGCUUGACAUUGGAAGUCUGGAGUGCUAAGGGCCAACGAACACAUACCUUUAACGUGCCUGUCUCCUCUACGAACCCCUCCCUCGGCCUGGCAUUACAGCUUGCGCCUCUGAAUUCCACUCAAAACAUCUGGCAUGUGCUUUCAAUUCCUUCAUCACUUAGUCCCGCUUUCCGUGCAGGGCUUCUGCCACAUUCAGACUAUAUUAUUGGAACACCCAGUGGUACACUACGUGGGGAAUCCGCGCUUGGAGAGCUAGUAGAGGACCACCUCGACCGCACGCUGGUACUAUGGGUGUACAAUAGCGAAUUCGAUGUUGUUCGAGAAGUUGAAUUGGUCCCAACUCGAGGAUGGGGUGGCGAGGGCGCUGUUGGUGCUGAGUUAGGCUUCGGUGCCCUGCACCGACUACCCAUCGGAUUGGGAGAGGAAGUGGAAGGGCCUGGGGAAGUGGUGUUUGAAACGCGCCAGGAUGGAACUGCUUCUCCAAUGCCAGAGUUCACCGUCCCUGGGACAGGCGCAGGGACUGGGGGUAACUUUUUAGUACCGGCAAACAUGGCAUCUAUCCCACCUCUUCCAUCUCAUCCUAAAGUGACCUCUCCGCCCCCAGAGGGUCGAUCACCGUCGAAUCGUCGAGCCAAGCCCCGCCAUGUUGCUAACCUGACAUUUGAUGAUUACUUUGCCGAGGGUGAACAGAAGAGUCGAGAGCAGGACUUUGCUCCUUCACGGAAGGGAACCCCUCUGCCACCCCCGCCUAAAAUCGGCGUUUCGCCAACCAACACAGGGUCGCCGGCUCCUGCAGCUGAAGCACCUGUGGAGGGAUCACCUGGCCCAACACAGGAGGCAUGA